AUGGACCCUUGCUCGGUGCCUUUGUGCAAUGUUGUGACUCCUGUGGACAAUGGCAAACUUGACUUUGAUGAACUUUGGUUGAACUUUACUAUCGAUUUUCAGCCUAUCGUUAUGCCUUCGUCCUCUGAUUUACGGUCGUUUAAGGAGGCACUUGCUUCGUCCAAGAACAUCCUUAUUCUCUCCGGAGCGGGUUUAUCGGCUGCAUCUGGUAUACCUACAUAUCGUAGCGCAGAUGAAUCGCUGUGGAAUAACUUUGAUCCAACUGCCUACGCCACUCCACAAGCUUUCGCGAAGGACCCGAGCGGUGUGUGGAGGUGGUAUCAUAAUCGACGCAAGGAAUAUUUGAAGGCUAAGCCUAACAAUGCUCAUCGGGCAUUAGCCACCCUUGCACUCCCAUCAGCUCUUUCCCGCAUCGCCCCUUGCUCCAUGUCCCAACCGUUACAUAUCACGCAAAACGUCGACUCACUUUCCCUCCGUCUUCUCGAAUCUCUUUCUCCAGAGGCAGCUGAAGGCCUCAUAGAAAUGCAUGGCUCUAUCUUUGUCACGAAAUGUACUUCUUGCCAGAAGGUUAUGCGUAGCUACGCGCCCUCCCUUGCGUCUGCUCUCGAUGGAGAUGAAGACAGCAAUGCCAAACGCGAUGUUCCUCUCUGUCAACUGCCCAAGUGUGGCGGGGAUAGCUGGGCCGGGUCAAAUCGUUACGGCAACUGCGGUGGUCUGCUGCGGCCAGAGGUGGUAUGGUUCGGUGAAAUGCCUCCUCUUAUGGGGGAGGUUUCUCGUAAAAUGAGCCAGUGUGAUUUACUGCUGGUUGUGGGGACAUCGUCAACCGUGUUGCCAGCGUCCAGUUUCGCCACUCAGGUCAAAGCCAACGGCGGAAAAGUUGCCGUCUUUAAUCUCAAUCGCUCAACUGGCGAUGAUGAGGCCGAUUUUCUGUUUUUAGGGCCAUGCGAAACAACUUUGGUUGAUGCGCUGGGUGUCGAAGACGAUAUUAAAGACAUGUAG